UUCAAAGACAAUUAUUUCUCCGUUUGAGCUGCAAGUUGAUUUGCCCCAGGUGAUGAGUGUCAUGUCAGACCUGUGUGUGAAUAUGGUGACAGCCAACAUGUUGCUGAGCCUCUUCUUUCUCUCAGGUGUUUUGGCUGAUUGUACUAAGUAUUCAGACCUCUUCAUCACUGCACCAAAGAAGAUGGAAGCACUGAGUGGAUCUUGUUUGCAAAUCCCAUGUAACUUUACAUCUAAAUCAGAACAAGAGUUUAACAGCAGCAGAGAAAUCUUUGGAGUGUGGAUUAAAAAUAAAUCUGGUUUUAAAGGUUAUCCAGACAAUGUGAUUUUCAACAGCAGUAGGACAAAUAACAUCUAUCCAAUGAACAUAACUGGAAACCUGAGAGAGAAAAACUGCACCACUUUAUUUUCCAGUUUAAUCACUAGUUACACAGACACAUACUACUUCAGGAUUGAGAACAAACCAUUCAAGUCAACAGCUUUCUGUGAUCCUCUUCAAAUAACAAUUGAAGAUUCUCCUCGUCGCCCCACAAUUGAGAUCUCAGGUGAUCUGAAGGAGAAGGAGUCUGUCACUAUAACCUGCUCAGCUUUCACUCCCUGUCCACACUCCCCUCCUAAACUCACCUGGAAUCUCCAACAAGACUCUCACAACAAAAUAGAGGAAAACACAGAUGGAACCUUUACAACUAAAAUCCAGGAGACCAUCACUCUGUCAGAGCAACAUGAUGGAUACAACAUCAGCUGUUCUGCCACAUAUCCUGUGAAUGAAGGAAAAGAUGUCAAGACAGCAGAGGAGACAAAGACUCUCAGUGUUUCAUAUGCUCCUAAAGACACCUCAGUGUCCAUCAGUGCAUCAGCAGGUAGCUGGGUGAACCUGACCUGCUCCAGCAGAGCCAAGCCUCCCGUCAGCAGCUUCAGCUGGUUCAGGACCAGCAAAGAUGGACUGAUGAAAGUAGCUGAAAGACACUUUUACAGCUUUAAUGUGACAGAUGGAGGAGAUUAUUACUGUGUGGCCACAAAUGAUCUUGGUAACCAGACAUCGUCGCGGUUUCGUUUAAAUAAUUCAGAGUUUGGCCUUUCUGUCCACGUUACAGUGAAGAUCCUGGGAGUCAUAAUGCUCUACAGUACAAUCGUCAUCUUUGAGUGCUGCUUCAGAUCAAGAUGCUGCAACAAACCAGUGAAGGACUCAGAUGAAUCAGACUGUGUCAACAGAGUGAUUGAGAUUCAGGCAUCAUGAAGGAGAAGAGGAAGACGUCACGUUCACCAUAAAUGGAAUAUUUCUCUGUUUCAUCAUUAGUUUGUGUAACAUUGAGCUGAUUUAUUGCAUGUUUAUGUAAAUCCUUUUUCUUCUGCUGAAUUGUGUUUUCUUAUGCUUUCUUAUUUCUUUUAUGACUAACAUUUACACUUUUUAAGGUCUUUAAACUUGACUUUUCCUUUAUUGUUGUAUUGUACACCGCUCACAAAGAAUGACACAAACAGCCUUUUCUACUCCAAUAAGUUUGUAUUACAGCUGUAGCUGAUGGUCACAUGUUUGCUUUAGUUACCUUGUGUGUGAUUAUGUAAAUAUAAUCUCAUCACUAUUGGAUCUGUAUGAGGGCUCUCGUCACUAAUUACUAAAGUCUCAAAGACUAAAGUAAUAAGAAAUUAAUUAGAAAGUAUCUUGUGUUAGUGAGGAUUUCAUGAUUUGAUGUGAAUCAGUGCUGUUGUUGAUUUUCCUGUUUGUCUGUGCUGCAGGAAUGACUUUAAUAAAACAUGAACUUGUGGCUCUGAGUC